CCCUUGCAAGCUGAGCUGACAGGCCUUGGUGUCCUUUCCUCUCUCCCAGGUGUCAGCUUGUCACUGGAGGUGACAGCCAGCCUGGCAGUAUGCCCCGGGUGUCACUGCUGCCCCGGCUGCUGGGGGCCCGGCCCGCUCUGAAGGCAGUAGCCAUUGCAGUGGUGCUUGCAACUACCCUCUGGAGCCUGAGUUGCUUCCUCAGCCCUCCCCAGGUCUCCAGAGAAGCCCCUCAGCGCAUGGAGCCACUGCUGGUCCUGGUUUGGGAAUGGCCCACAAAGCAGGUCCCCAAUGUCAGUGGGGAUGUCUGCCGCGAGCUGUAUGGCAUCACAGGCUGCUGGCUCACCAUGGAGCGCCAGCUCCUGCACUGGGCGGAUGUCGUGGUGUUCCCCCACACCAGGCUGCAGCCCAGCAGGGACAGCCUGCCCAAGGACAGGCCACCGUGGCAGAGCUGGGUAUGGGUGUCCCUGGAGUCCCCCUCCAACACUAAAGCUCUAGCGGGAUGGAACCAGACCUUCAACUGGGUGAUGACCUACAGACGGGACUCAGACAUCUUCAUCCCCUAUGGCAAACUUGUGCCCAACCGGUCAGCCACUGUGAACAUCCCUGCAAAGACCAAUUUGGUGUCUUGGGUCAUCAGCAACUACCACAGGACUCAGAAAAGAGCUGAAGUCUACAAGAACCUCUCCAGGUACCUCCAGGUGAACAUAUACGGGAAAGCAAACAAAAAGCCACUUUGCAAGGACUGCCUCUUGCCAACGACAUCCAAGUCCAAGUUCUACCUUGCUUUCGAGAACUCCAUCCACCAAGACUACAUCACCGAGAAGCUCUGGAGGAACGCACUGAUGGCCGGCACCGUGCCUGUGGUGCUCGGUCCCCCCCGGGCCAACUACGAGCAGUUUGUCCCUGCAGACUCCUUCAUCCACGUGGAUGACUUCAGCUCCCUGGAAGAGCUGGCCACCUUCCUGAAGACCAUGAACUCCAGCCGCUACCGGCAGUUUUUUGCCUGGCAGAGGCGGUACAGUGUGAAGCUCUACACCGACUGGAGGGAGCGGAUCUGCACCAUCUGCAGCACCUACCCCAGCCUGCCCCGUGGCCGCAUCUAUCCUGACCUCGAGAGCUGGUUCAACACCUAGAGCUGGUGUGCUGGGACCAUCGGGGCAGAGGAUACAGGGGUGGGGUACAGAGGAUACACGGAGCAGUCCUAGACCAGGACAUGGGGCAGGGAUGGAUGUGGGAGUCUCUACCUCUCCUCCCAGCCUGGCUGUUGCCACACUGGGACCUUGAGCAACUACUUGUGACUUUAUUUCCGGCAAAACUGAGCGACCCCCCCACCUGACCCAACACUGACCCACCUCGCCAUGGUGCAGGAAGGAU